AUGUCGCUCGCAGGCGCACUCACCACGACCGGUGCGACGACAAGAAGAGGUCACAGGCACCGCGAAGGUAGUGCUACGGCAUCGCAAGAGUCUGACGCUCAGGUCAGACCCUAUAGAUCAUCGACAGGACGGUCUCGACCGACGUUCUCCGCAUUGACGGCAACAAAGACAGCAGGCCAGCUGGUCUCGUCGUCACAGUCCAACGGACAUGAGCCAGCCAACAAGAACAUCACAAUGACGUCCGAGAGACUGCAACAGACCAAUAGACCAGGUCUGACGCACUUCACGCCUGCACGGAGUCGACAGACUUCGUCAGGAUCCACCGACACAAGUUCAUUCACGUCUAGAGGUCAGCAGACGACAGCAGACAUGACUUACAGCUCCUCGAUGGGUGCACAUCCUGCAUCCAUCGAUAUCAGCAUCCGACCAGAGCCUUCGAGGCAGAUGAGCAACACGUCCUGGGGUCCCAGCAGCCUCGGCGCAGCUGGUGGAUUCCUAGACGACGAUGAACUCUCUAGAUCACUUUCACAACAUCGUCAGUCAGAGGAGCUUGCUCGCUCCUACAAUGCCAACAUCAGACAGACCGAAGAGCUGUCGAGAUCACUCUCUAGACAGCAACAGCUCCAGCAGGAACGGGACCGCUUCCUCAACACCAACUUCUCACCGCCCCCAAGCUCGAUGCACGAGCGCUUGUCGGGGCCCACGUCCACCAAUCUAUCCAACAUGUCGCCCUUCACACGAGACGGCGUGACUCUCGCCGUUGCCGGCUUCACAUAUCCCAACGCACCUCGAAGUACGCUCACAGCCGGUCUGGGCGCAGUUGGGUCUGGCCGAAGAAGACGCGGCGACACACUCACAGGUUUCAGAGGCAACGCACUAGACGAACACGAAGAGAAUGAGCAUUACGUAAACGGGAAUAAGUCAGGAGCGUCUAGUCGUCGACAUUCGGUGUCUGCCUUUGGCAAUGGCUUCACGGUAGCAGAUCCUGCUGCCAAUGGCCGCAGUCAACAUGGGUUUUUCUCUUCAGAACAGGAGGAAGAUCUGACCAGAGGAAGAUCUGGCUACGCUCGGUUACCCGCCGCUGGCUCCAAUUUCUUCGGCGGCAGAGGUGGUCCGACGAUAAGUGACGACGAUCUGGCCUCAGAUCUCAAUAGCUUGCAGCUCAGCCUCGAGGAUCAGGCAGCUCAGCAGCGACGCAGAGAAGGACAAACAGCCUAUUCUGUCAGGCAUGGCGCCCACUCGCUGCCCGGCUACUCUUCGCAUGGCUACCUGCCCGCUUCGCCGCCUUUCUCAUCGAGCCCGAGCAAGCCUUCAGAGACUUCUCGCUCGCCGCCCACAGAGAGCGCCAGCAGAUCGACGUCGCUCUCUCACUCGCAAAUGCGCUCACCUCUUGGGCUGGAGAAGGAGUUGUCCGACAAUCUUAGCAAUCUAGCCUCACCUCACUAUGCAGCCAAAAUCUCGCCCAGCUCGCGCUAUGCCAAUCUGCGAUCAGCUCCAGGUUACGCCGAGCAACAAGACGUGCUGUCUACCUUCAACGCGCCUGUACCGAUCUCGUUCUCGCAAGCAGCCGCAAUGAGGCCCUACAGCUCUGCUACAACCUCACCAAACUAUGGUCAACCUGUGCCUCUUCCAUACACUUCAUCACGUCAGCCAAGCUCUGCACAGCAUCAGCAGCAAAUGUCAUCGCUGCAGCAGCAGCAAGCGUAUCAUCACACAUCUCAGCUCAACAUGGCCAGUAGUCUGGGCUUGGGCGGCGCGAUGGCACUGCCUCAUGAUCCCGAUUACUCUGAUCUUGGCAAAGGCGUGCCAUUGCAUAGUGUACCGCCCAACUCGCUGCUCUACAUCGUCGAGUUCAAGGCAGGCAGGACAGAUCUGUUUUUCCUCGUGCCUUCUUCAAACCAACCGCCCGUCAAGAAAGGCGAGCUCGUCAUCGUCGAGGCCGACAGAGGUCGAGACCUGGGCAGAUGUGUUCAGACCGAGAUCAGCUUGGCAGACGUGCAAGCGUUUCAGAAGAAUCAAGUCGAGCAAGCGCUGGGUCAGCUCGCUUCAGCACAAGUUCCCGGUGUGUCAGCCAUGUCGCCCGAUUCUCAGCCGAAUCCAAACACGAUUGCGAGGAUGACAAAGGAAUUGCAUCCCAAGAAGAUGUUCGGCGUAGCAACGGCUGCAGACAUACAACAGCUCGGCCAGAAAGCUCAAGACGAAGCGAAAGCGCUCGUUGUCGUUCGCGCCAAGGUCGGCCAGAAGGCCUUGCCCAUGACCGUCAAAGAUUGCGAAUGGCAAUUUGACCGCCGACGCUUGACGAUCUAUUUCGUUUCGGAUCGACGGGUAGACUUUAGAGAUCUGAUCAGAGAGCUUUUCAGAUUGUACAAGACCAGGAUCUGGAUGUGUUCCAUAACAGACCCCAUCAUGACACCCAUCUCUGUCCAAUAAUCACACAUCCGUCCGUGUCCGUCGGUGCCGCAAUUU